AUGACCACUUCAGUACAAACUCCUACCCGCCAUGAAGUUAGCCAGUCCCAGGAGGAUUCGAGGCUAGACGACCAUAGCGAGGACGAUAGUGACGUUAAUCGCAAUGGAGAUGUGGACCGAGACAAGCAAGAGAAGCUGGAAGACCACGAUGAUCACUACAAGGAAGAGGCGGACACAAGCUACAGUCUGUUCUCCAACCCUCCGAAUCUGGUAGCCAUGAGAAGGCAGCUCUUCGAGGUUAAAGACGAAUUCGAAAUGUCUGCCCAAGAGUUCGAAGAGUACUUUCCUUUUGUCGACAAUGUAUGGAGGAAGUACAGGAUAGACCAAAAAGACAAUGAUCCCAACUGCGAGACUUUUUGCUGUCGCUUAAGACCGAGCAACCAACACAAAUCAUCCACUCCCAAAGCGCCGGCCGAGGGCAAGCAGACAAGAACUAAGCGCAAACGGGAGGAGAAAACUUGUCCCAUGUUGAUGAAGGUCACAUACGUUGCCAGUCCGAUUAAGAAGGUCAAGGUUACUAGAGUUACGGCUCCCGACCUUGAGCAUUCCCACGAUCUCGAAUAUAUGGACCAUAACAAGCGCAACACUGCUAUAAUGGAUGUAGCCAGAAGAGAGGCUGUCAGAGGUUUUCUGCCAGGUUCUAUCUUCUGGAAGAUGCAGCAAGAGCCUGACAAGAUGGACGAGGCUGGAGGUAAACACAUGAAGAUUUCCGAUGUCAGAAAUGUACAAUAUCCCUGGAGACAACAGAAUCCUACUGCUAUAUUGAAGGCUCACGUUGGGUAUACUCAGCAGCGGACAGGUCCGAGACAACCGAAGCUUGCUUCUACUAUGGCAGCAGCCAGUGCUCCUCCUACUCCAAACAACGGUGCUAUCCAGAGGCAAAUUCAGAGCUAUGUUCCUUUUCCUCUUCAACCACCACCUGUCGCUCAACUGGCACCAACCUCUUUGCCACAAGGUACUUUGAACUAUCCUGAGCAUGCCAAGGAGUUUUUGUAUCCAUACCUGCCACACAUUCCUCGUAUCGCAUCUCAGUCGAGACCUCAUAUUACUCUCACUUGGGCCACAAGUCUCGACAGCCGAGUAGCCUUGCUUCCAGGUGUCCAAACAGCAAUAUCUGGUCCGGAGACAAAGGCCAUGACACAUUUCUUGCGUAGUCAGCAUGACGCGAUUCUCAUAGGUGUCAAAACCGCCAUGUCAGAUGACCCAGGCUUGAAUUGUCGACUUGCUGGAGCUGGUGGUUUUGGUGGUCCUGAUCGCACAAUGCAGCCAAGACCAAUCGUCAUCGACCCUCGUGCUAGAUUGCAUAUUCAUUCUGAAAUGCGUUUACUUCGAGCUGUAAGAGAAGGCAAGGCUCAAGGCCCAUGGGUCGUUGUUGGGCCUCAUAUCAAGUUGCAACCACAAGCUGUCACCACUUUGAAAGCCCAUGGAGGCGAGUUUUUGCAGAUCAACGAGAUUGACCCCUAUUACGGUCUGGACUGGGAAGCUUUGUUCUCGAUUUUCCACCGUGAAGGUAUCAAGAGUAUUAUGGUUGAAGGAGGUGGCAAAGUUCUGUCAGAUUUGUUGAAGCCCAGGUACGCUCACUGUGUCGAUUCGAUAAUUAUGACUAUCGCACCAACCUUUUUCGGCAAAGGUGGUGUCGAGGUUGCCCCAGAUACUGCCUUCGAUGGUCAACAACCCAUCCAGACUCGGUUGGCCAACGUUAAGUGGCAACCAAUGGGCCAAUCUGAUAUGGUUCUGUGCGGACAGCUCGACAAGACACGGACGCAGCCCAGGUUACCGGGUAUUCAAGAGUUCUCUAGGCAGCCGGCAUCCACGCCUGUGGCGUCUCAACAUGCCGCUCCGCCAUCAGUCCUGCCUCCCCUUCAACAGCAUGCUCCGCCAACACCAUCACAGGGUCCUCCAGCUGCUCAGCAUAAUGCAAAUCCUCUAGCACCACAAACACAAGGUCCACCACCACUUCAAAAUAAUGCUUCUCCUCUGCCGGCUUCGAACGCUCAUAUAUUGCCAGCACCACAACCUGUUCAACCUCCUCGCCCUCUGGCCCAAAUCAAUGGUGCGUCCACAUCAGCACCUCCUGGCAAGUCGCCAAAAUUUCGCCACUACGGUGUGCCUCGGGCUUCUUGA